AAGUAAGUAAAUAGAAACAAGAGCAUUCUACGUAUAAUGCCAUGGCUAAUUUAACUUCAAGGUCCUAUUUUCAAUUGUGGGUUAUCGCUGCAUUUCUUCUCUUCCAAAAUACCAGCACAAGUCAUCUACCCUCUCCAGAGAAUCAUGCUCCUUUAUUCAUUUUUGGAGACUCUCUAUUUGAUACUGGAAAUAAUAACAAUCCCACAAGUUCAGCUUGCUACUGGCCCUACGGUGAAACAUUCUUCAAGCAUCCUACUGGGAGAGCUUCUGAUGGUCGAUUGAUUCCAGAUUUUAUCGCUGAAUAUGCCAAGUUACCGUUCCCUCUACCAUAUCGUCAGACCAGAAAUCGUCAACUGAGGUAUGGAGUGAACUUUGCAUCAGGAGGAGCUGAAGUUCUGGGUGUAAAUCCUGAUAAAAUUAUAAUACACCUUAAAGGUCAGCUUAGUAAUUUCAAGAAUGUGAAGAAACGGCUAAGGCAUAAAUUAGGUGAUUCAGAGACCGAGGCAUUGUUGUCCAAAGCCAUUUACUUAUUCAGCUUUGGAACCAAUGACUAUGCGAAAGUCACCGACGAUUUCAGUGUACUGCAUUACUACUCUAGCGAAGAGUACGUAGGGAUGGUCGUCGGCAACUUCACGACUGGGCUCAAAGAAAUAUAUAAGAAUGGAGGAAGGAAAUUCGCAUUUGUAAGCUUGGGGGCUGUGGGUUGUCUACCCAACAUGAGAGCAAAGAAUUCAUCAGGUGGCUGCAUGGAACAGGUUACUGUUCUGGUGAAACUGCACAAUAAGGAAUUUUCCUAUGUGCUUAUGAAGCUACAGAAACAGCUACAAGGAUUUAAAUAUUCAAACUUUGAUUUUUACAACUCUUUAAGUAGAAGGAUAAAGCACCCUUCAAAAUAUGGUUUCAAGGAAGCGAAAACAGCAUGUUGUGGCACAGGGCCGUUCAGAGGAAUCACAAGCUGUGGAGGUGUAGGAACGCCGAUCAAAGAGUUUGAAGUGUGUGAUGAUCCGAGUGAAUAUUUGUUCUUUGAUUCCCAUCCAUCGGAGAAGGCCAAUCAUCAGUUUUCGAAGCUCAUGUGGAGAGGAAGUGUUGAUGUGACAAGGCCUUACAAUCUUAAACAACUCUUUCAACUCUAGCCCAAGUAUCAAUCCUUAAGAGCCAAGUGUUUUCAUAAGUAUAAAUUAUAAUAAAAGAGGAUGAAAAAUGCAAGGGAAAAAUAGAUGCCGUUGCUUAAUUCCUCAAUUUCAAUAUCUAU